GUGUGAGCAGAGAGUUCAGCCAGGGCGCAGCAUCCAGCCAAGAACAAUGGUGGAGUACACAGCAGCGGCAUACGAUGUGGAGACCGGCGUUGAGGAGAAGAUGGGGGUCUUUGUGGAGAAGAAAAGAUCCACAGGCUGGAUAUGGAAGAUACUGGUGGCCCUGCUCCUGAUCGCCCUCUGCUUAGGAGGCGCCCGGCUCUUUAUCUGGUUUUGGAAUGAAAGGCCAAAAAUAACGAGUCCCACAGAGCAACCAGACACACCGAUGCCAGAAAGUUCUUCCCACAAAACAGAUCCUCAUCACACUCUGAAACAAAUCAGCAGCAACUCUAAGGCCGCCAUCCAUUUACAAGGUUUCAUCUCUGAGGACGACUCUGCGCUGAAGUGGGCCGAUGACGUAGGCCAUGCUUUCUCUCGUGGCGGCUUCAAACUGGUGAAGAAUGAAAUCAUCAUUCCCAGUGAAGGCCUAUACUUCGUCUACAGUCAGGCAUCCUUCGGGGUGACCUGCAGUGGCGAUGGCGGAGAGGGAACAUCGAGGAAUCCCACACAGCUGAGCCACCGGAUCAAGCGCUUCUCCGAUUCUAUAGGAAACGAAACCUCAGUGAUGAGUGCACUGAGGUCAGUCUGUCAAACCGGUGCGCAGGUCGGCGCCGGGCACAACUGGUACAACGCCAUUUACCUGGGCGGUGUGUUUAGCCUGAACCGAGGCGACCGGCUGUGGACGGAAACCAGCCCGGUGUCGGAGCUGGAGGACGACGACGGCAACACGUUCUUCGGCGUGUUCGCUCUUUAAAGAUAUCUACAAGAACCGCAUCUGAGCAGAGCCGUUUUGUUUUUAAAAUGGCUUUUUCUUAAAUUCAUCCUAAUGAUGAAGCAGAAAUGUUUAUAUCUCAAUGGAGAUCCACUUUCUAAACUUUAUAAACUGUAACAGUUUGCAAACUUUAUUUCUAUUUUAGGCACUUUUAUUUAAGAUGACCUAAGAUUGUAGUACGCUACACUUUACCUAAGAGUUUAGAUGUGAAGAUUAUGUACAGAUUAUCACAAUUUACUGUCAAAACACAUUUGUAUUUAUUAUUUGUAUUUAUUUGUAUUUAAAUCGUUGGGUUUUUGGUG